UGCCUCCGCUCCGCUCCAUGCCUCCGCUCAGCGCUGCGCUCGAACCCGCGCGGAGUUGCCGGCCCAAGAUGGGAGCUGCCAAGAGACCCGGGGAAGCUACGGCGCUGCGGAAGAGCCUCAAACCCCUGAUGGAGAAGCGCCGUCGGGCGCGCAUCAACGAGAGCCUCAACCAACUGAAGACCCUCAUCCUUCCUCUCAUCGGCAAAGACAGUUCUCGCUAUUCCAAGUUAGAGAAGGCAGAUAUAUUAGAGAUGACUGUACAGUUCCUCAAAGAACUUCCAGACUCGCACGCCUCAGUUCCUGCCUCUGCUGAUGGCUACUGUGAAGGCUAUCAGGCCUGCUUAUCCCGCCUCACCAGUCUCCUGCCCAAGUCCAGUCUCUUGAACCCAGAUGCCUGCAAUGGCCUCCUUCUGCAUCUUCAACAGGCCAACAAUGAACGUCAGUGGAUUCGAGAUUGCAGCAGCCCAAUGGACUUAUCCCAGGCACAGUUUCUUGGCCCAGACAGAAGAGGACAAGAAAUCCAUUCUCCAAGUUUGCCUGUGAUGGUACAGCCUGCCCUCUGGAGGCCCUGGUAGGCUUGUGGUGCCUCAUGGCUAAUUCUAAACCCUAGCAUGAUCCUCAUUCUCCAAAGUGACUGUUGGGGCAUACUAUGCUGCUAGUGCCUUGAGAAACACAUUCAUGGAAAACUCCUAUGAGCUCCAAAUCCCAAACCACGGAGGAGGUUGCCUGCUGUGUCUCUGCAUGAGUCACCAGUCUGGCCUUCUUUCUGCGGAAGAUACAAUAUCCUGCCUACUUUUUAUUGGGGUGUGAUGGAUCAUUCAGUCACUCCUGAGGCAGAGAUGUGCAGAAUUAUGAAGAGGCAGACAGAAAAAUCUCUGCAUGAGUUCUGAUGUGAGGUUGCUGCUUUCCAAUCAGGAGGCGUGUCCAGAUCAAUGACUUGUGCAGAAACACAGAGUGUACACUCCUCGGAGGGAGGGAAAGGAGACACUCUACAAACAAAUCUUUUGACUGCAAGAGACCUCUCCAGUUUGAGAGCCAGUUUGGUGUAGUGGUUAAGAAGAGCGCGGGACUCUAAUCUGGAGAGCCGGGUUUGAUUCCCCACUCCUCCACUUGAAGCCAGCUGGGUGACCUUGGGCUAGUCACUGCUCUCUGGAGCUCUCUCAGCCCCACCCACAUCACAGGGUGUUUUGUUGUGGGGAUAAUAAUAACAUACCUUGUAAACUGCUCUGCGUAGGCAUUAAUUUGUCCUGAAGGGAGGUAUAUAAAUCGAAUGUUAUUAUUAUUCAGUAAAGAAGAAAAAAAUGGUGCUUGAGCUGUCAGGGAAGUUCUGCUAUCUAGGUUUAUAUUCUGGCAGCCUCCAGAAUUUGGGGCACUUUCUGGUCCCUGUUUGUUUAUCCACACACACCCCAUCUCUCUCCUUUCUCUGUGAUUUAUUUUUUCGGGGAGGGGUGCAGGGGCUAGGAAUUGGUGGCCAGUAAACCCCACGGGUUGUGAAUUGUCUCUUUCAUCUGGUCUGUGACUUGCACAAAUCUAGCCUGGCUUGAAUAGAAGGCUGGAAAGCACUUUAAUCUUGUAUAUAUUUUAGAAGAUUUGAUACGUAAUAAAAAUGGUCAUGAUUGG